AUGGUCGACGUUAAGACCGACCUCCAUACGAUGCCACCUGCAACGACGGACCCCUCGUUUACUCCUAGUGAGACUGAUACAAAAAGCAAACGAUUGCUGCGCGGUUUUGAUACGAGCUCUACAGAUACCGGGAAGUUUUACUAUUACCCACCAAGGAAAGGCAACAGAAGACCGUUUAUUGAGGUUCGACUCAAGGAGGCGCUGACAAACCCAAAGAUAACAAGGCGAUUGUACGAAGGGUGGUCGAAGCGUGGAUUUACCUCGGACAAGUUGCUACAGCUUUGGGCCAGAUUCAAACCAGAAAUCUCGACGAAGUUUAUCAGAAGCUCGCGAAAGGUUAUGCAAUGUAUGUCGAGAAGGGUUCUCAACGGCAAAAGCUUUGAACAAGCGAUUACAUAUGUAAGAGCGAUUCGCUAA